GAUUGAUAUUGUUGAGAAAUUGGUUUCUUUUGCUGAAGCCCGAUCAUCUAAUCCAACCCCGAAUGUAGUGUUGGAUGGAAUUAAGGAGAGGGUGGAGAAAUAUGAACUUAACCAUCAACAGCUUCAACAGAUAAUAAUACAAUUAAGAACAGAAGCUGAUAUUAGAAUGGAGUCCGUUGAAGCUCGACUCGAUGUUCAACAAUCGGAAAUUGCUGAAACGCGUCUUGAAGUUCAACAAUUAAGAUAA